AUGUCCAACCAAACUGAAAAAGCAUUGCUAGCUAGUUACCGAGUAGCUUUUCGUGUAGCUAAAACAGGAAAACCUCAUACAAUUACCGAAAAUUUGAUUUUACCAGCGGCAUUAGAUAUGGCAGAGAUUAUAUUUGGCAAACAAGCGGUAGAAAAGCUCAAAACUAUACCUCUCUCUGACAAUACCAUUCAACGCAGGAUAAGCGAUAUGGUGACUGAUGUCCUUGAUCAAGUCAUAGAAAAAAUGAAAGAAAAAAAAUUUAUAUCCUUGCAGUUUGUGCGUUUUGAAUCCAAUGAGAGAUUUCUGGAAGAAAUACUGUUUUGUAAAGCUCUUCCCACGAAUACAACAGGUCAGUGCCUAUAUAACAUGUUCCUUGAAGCUACACAAAACUUCCAUAUCGAUUGGUCGAAGAAAUGCAUAGCCAUUUGUAGUGACGGAGCAAAAGCCAUGACUGGUUCGAAAAGCGGCUUUAUUACUAGACUAAAAGCACUGAUCAUCGCCAAGCUCUUGCGGCCAAAACCUUGCCACAGGAAUACAAUGAAGUUCUGA